CUCGUGACGACAUCGGGAUCUGGUCAUUUUGAACGAAUCUCGUGAGUGAAUGGCUGCGCGGAGGGGCAGAGCUGUACGUGCGUCGCAGUCGUGUUGAGCAUCGGUCCGGGCGUCGUCGUGCGGCCGCAAUGGUUCAGACGUGCUCGGCUUACGGCUGCAAGAACCGCUACCAUAAAGACAAAGAAAUCUCAUUCCACAAGUUUCCUCUGGCACGACCAGAUGUUAGUGCUAAAUGGGUGGCGGCGAUGAGGAGGAACAACUUCAAGCCAACAAAGUACAGUAACAUCUGCUCGCAGCACUUCACUAAAGACUGCUUCAAGAGAGAGUGUAACAACCGGGUACUGAAGGAGAACGCCGUGCCGUCACUCUUCACCUUCACCCUCAACGUCAAGGCAGAGACCCUGGAGGAUCCUUUCCCCUCGGACAUCCACUUCCCUCGGACCUCUGACCCGGUGGUAGAAGAGGAGCUGCCAGGGAGCAGCCUGCCUGACACGCGCUGCGACACAGCGGCCGUCUCCUGCGACCACAACUACACGGCGGAGGACUCUGCUCGGCAGAGGAAGCGCAUGGAGCAACUGGAAGAGCAGCUGGGGAGUCUGAGGAAAAAGCUGAAGACAACGCAGCAGAAGUGUCGGCGGCAGGAGAGAGAGCUCAAAAGACUGAGGGCGGCAUGUGAGACCCCAACGACGGGCCGCCAGCUGCCAGCAGCUCUCGGAGAGGAAUAUGUGAUUCUGCCCAAGCACGUCUACUACACACUAAAAGGCCUUAAGUAAAACGUAAUAAAGCUAGGAGAGAUGAGGGAGGUCCACCUAAGCAGCAGGUUGAAAUCUGCUUUAGGCUUAAUCUCAUGUCUCAGCAGCAGCAGCCAGGCGGCUGUGGAGGAGCUGCUGAGCAAGGCAGCAAAGGCCCGAGCUGAGGUCUGAAGGAUUUCCUUGUUUGGAAUGCAAAUGCAUCACGUGGAAGACUUGAUGUAUUCCUCCGAAUAGACAUGACCCCUUGUGUACAUUUCUUUAUCUGUUUGGGUCUUGAGGACUUGCACAUAAUAAUCUUCAAAGCCAGAUUAUUGUACUCUUUUGUAACAUUACAAUGUCUCAUGUUAAUACUUAAUGUGUCAAAUAGGCAAACGUAUGUCCUAUGAGCAAAAACCUCAGGCUUUAGACUGGCUUAUGUCCUCUGUGAACUCUGUUUCCAACAAUAUUAUUUUUUUUCUAGUAAUGGCUGAUUUCUUUUAAUAGUCCUCACCAGGCAAAGCAAUCCCACAAAGUGCAGGGACAAAUGUGACUCAGCAACCAGGUGUCUAUCCAUUAGCCAAGCUAAGUAUAUGGGACUGAUAGUAAGCAAAAUGACAUAAAAUGUUUGAUUGUUUUUGAAAUUUGUCUAAAAAGAUCAAUAUAGUUUUAGUCCAUUUGAAUAUCCUGAUCAAUGGAGACUAUUGGAGAAUGCACCAUCGUCACCAUAGACACGUAGAAGAUUCUUUUAUUAGUAAAAUAACAUGCUGCUUAUUUGGGAAAUUUAGAUUUAAGCAUUAAUAUUUAGACCAACAAUUAAAAACACAUACACAUUCAAUUGUCUACCAAUAAUCAGUAUUUGCACACUCAAACCACAUCUGGGGACACGCUUCUACAGAUGUGUUGGAGAUUUCCAGCAGGUUUGGGUUGAAAAUCUGUCCUUGAUUAACUAA